CAGAGGAGCCAAUAAAGACCUGCGAAGCACGAGAAUACAAGCUCUUGGCGCUUGAGCCAUUAAGCCAUUGAGCGACUGAGCGAUUCCUAUUGCAAAAGGUUGUCAACACGUUCGAGAAGCACCUAAUUUUCCUGGCCCGUCAUCCCGACACUCGCGAAACCAAACAGCAUGGAGAUUCUGCCCAAUUCGCGAGCUUUCACACUCUUUCCCCAGCUUCCCGUGGAGUUGAGGAGGGCAAUAUGGGAACAUGCAGCGAAUCUGCCUCGGAAUCUAGACGUUUGGGCACUCUGGGGCGGGCCGAGAUACAUACUAGACACAAGAGACGAAAAGUUCGAACUCGCGACUCGGCAACCUAUACCUGGCGUCCUUCUUGCUAGCAAAAAGUCGAGAGAGGCUACCCAAAAGUACUUUGAACUGGGCUAUGGCGUCGAAAUCAAGGGACGGCUGGGUGGGAAGGUGGUGAUCCCACCCAAGGUGCCACGGAACCUUUCUGCAGACACGAUCUGUCCAAUGGGAAUAUACACUGCCAGUUCACAGGAGGCAUUGUGGCGCGAUCACCCAACAGCAUGUUGGGCUAUCAAUGUCGCGCCAUCCCAUUCUUAA